AUGGCUCUCUUGAGCAGGCGACUGGGUUUCUCCUUCACCCAUCUAAGCAGUACAGUGAUCCAGCGACAAUUCAGUGUCACGGGGGCGUGCCAGGCGAUACAGAAGCUCACCCGCGUGCGAGUGGUGGACAACAGCUCCUUGGGGAACACGCCGUACCACCGGCCGCCCAAGUGCAUCCACGUGUAUAACAAGACUGGAGUCGGCAAAGUCGGAGAUACCAUCCUGCUGGCUAUCAAAGGAGAAAAGAAGAAGGCUUUAAUUGUAGGGCACAAGAUGCCUGGCCCAACAAUGACGCCUAGAUUUGAUUCCAACAAUGUGGUCCUCAUAGAAGACAAUGGAAAUCCAAUAGGGACUAGAAUAAAAGUACCAUACCCUACAUUCUGCGACAGAGAGAAGGAGAGUUCUCCAAAGUGUUGGCCAUUGCCCGUAACUUUGUAUGAAAGCUAAGAAAGGUCUCUGGCAAUCCUGCUUAUAUCCCUUCAUACUGUAGCUGUUCCUUGGUCCUUUACUAGAAAAUAGAGAAAUGUGGAAAAGCUG